AUGGAGCAGCUGCCAGCCCUGAGCACCGUCCUCUGCAUCCUCAUCUUCAUCCCGACCUGGGGAGCAGGUUCGGGCGGCUGGGGCGUGUCUCGAUACCACUCGUCGUAGUUUUCCUUCGCUGCUAUAAUGUUUAUUGCCCUGGUUCACGAAGGUCUCACAGUCCUUCAGAGCCCCGCUGUCCUCCGAGCAUCCCCUGGCGAGACCAUGACACUCAACUGCUCCUUCGAGAACAGACAGGGCAGCAGGGUCAAAGCGACCUGGACAAGAGCGCCUGGAGUCGUGCUGGAUUCUGCCCAUCCCUUCUACAGUGGACGACUCAAUGUGUCCCACCUGGAUCUGCUCCAGAAAGGGGAGGCCACGCUGACCCUGUCGGAGCUGGAGCAGCGGGACUCUGGUCUCUAUCAGUGUCAGAUCGAGUUCUACCAGGGAGAGAGUGGGACGGGAGCAGGCACCAAGCUGCGGGUGACGGGGAGAAACCAGAGUGACACAGAUAAAGUAUCAGCCCUCGCGGGGUGCUGUGCCUGGGAGCUCCUGUACCAGGUUGCCAUCGCCCUGGGGCUCCUUCUCAUCAUUGGCCUGGCGGCCACCCUCCUCCUGAAGAGACGCCAAGCGCCGCCCCACUCGCAGCCCCGCCGACGGCAGCCGAAGGGCCAGGGCAGCCGGGAGGCCGUGGAGAGCGAGAGCCUGCACUACGCAGAGAUUAAAACCCAGACCCCAGGACGCAGGGAACACACGUCCAACCACGCCCAGCGACGCUGA